AUGGCAGCAAGACGCGGCUUAACACUUGCUGAAAAAGUAGAGUUGAUUCGUAAAAACGAACAAAAUAUAUCUUAUCGUAAAUUGGCUGACGAUUACAACAUUUUGAUCGGAAGUGUUUCAAAUAUUGUUAAGCGCAAAAUUGAAUACAUUGACAAUUAUGAGCAAAAUGAAAAUUCAGACAAGAAGCGUAAUCUACGUAAUGAGUUCAGUCAACAACUAUGUGGUUCAAAUGCUGACGAUUUCAAAGCCAGUAAUGGUUGGUUAGAAAAGUUUCGCAAACGCCAUGGUAUAAAAUAUUGA